CCUGAUCCCAGAAGUCUUGGGACUGUACUUUUCAAAAAAAAAUCUUCAUUUAUUUCAGGACAGUCUCUGUAUAUUGUAGAGUUAGUGUAGUUUUAAUUAUAAUCUUAGUUGUCAUUCCAUUAUGGUAGGAGAUAAUUGAAAAAAUGCCACCUGUUUAAGUAUUUGGUUCUGCUUAAUAUAGGAAAUAGUAUCAAUUAAGGCAGGGUUUAAGCCUGAAAGAGGCAGGGUUUUUGGACCAGUGCAUAGCAAGGCUUCCCAGUGCCUGAUCUUUUUCAAACUUGGCAUGCUCGUAAAAACACUCAUUUAUCAGUGCAACUGUACAGUUUCAUUUGAAUUUGACUCAAGGUUUUGUUAUGGCCAUUUGAAGUUGUUGUAAGACAUUGAUUUAACAACUCCUGAAGGAGUGGCACCCCCAAGAAUUGUGCCAUGAUGACACUGGAAUUUUGAUCUGCCCUGGCUCAUUGACAGUUGAGAUGGAGGAAGGCAAAGGGCACGUUUGCCUGAUAAUGUGGUACAUGGACCUAGUCAGUUUGGGAAAAUAAUGUACCCUCAAACUGGCCCUCAUCUGUGUGACUGGUCGAUUUUUAAAUAUUCCUCUGCUAAACAUUUGCUUAAUGGAGACGGCCAACAUCAGUGGACAAGAGUACGGUAAAAUAAAUUUCUUCAGUUGACUUUUUUAUAAUCACAUAACAUUUGUUUCAAUUUUCAAUGAAAUUUUAUCUUUUUUAUUCCACUUUAUGAUUCAGAUUUGACCUUGCAUCGUUAAUGUGGCUGAGGCUGCAGGUAUAUUAUUUUGUGAGUUUGCAUUUCUGUUUUUGUUCGUUCCUGAGAAAUAAUUGGUCGCUUUUGUUUCACAGUACCAGCUUUGGAUUUCAUGUUUUCUUGUUACAUAUUAAUCCUGCAGUAUGAAUGAACAGUUUUUGCAAGAUUUAGCCUCAAUUAAACACAACCCAGUUUAAAUAUUUCAUCUGUCUUCUUCCUUUAUUGCUGUGAAGAUUCAUUUUGUUGCUGUUGUGUCUUUUUGUACAAUAAACACAUGAAUGAAAAUUGAGUUUCUUGACCAAAAUCUCUUUAAUUUAUCCUUUUAAUUUGUGAUUUUUAAAAAAGAAUUUAAUGUGCUUUCAUUUACCGUCCAAACCAUGGAGAACUGAAGCCCAUGGCAGUUGGUAAAGUUUGUUUCUUCAGCUUUUUGUUGCCCAAACUAGUUCCAUAAUUUUGUGAUGUUCGUUCUAAGAAACUAAUGAAAUAGCACUUUGAGACUACAGUGCUGGUGUACUGCAUAUUCAUGAUUAAACUUCAGCAUCUAUAUUCAUGACCUCCCCCUCCCCCCAUCAGUCUACUAUACAUUAUUCAUGAGCUCCUCAUGCCAGCUGCCUACCAAGCUCUGAUGUACGUGAACACAUGUCUAUAUAGUGGUGUUAUGUACAGUACACUAUGUACAUGUACUGUACAUGUUUUGCACUGGCAAUGAUGAUUUACACCAUACUGCUAUGUGUGCAUGUAGAUGCAUAAUGCACAAUACAUGUACUGUACCCAGUAUGAAUAAUAAAUAUAAGCCAGCAUUGUACAUGCACAUGUAUGACCAGCCUGCAUUGAAGGUUUCACUGGGAGUGUGUUUGCCUUUUGUGUUUCCACUUGUAAAUCUUUUAGCAUACCAUGCUUGCAUCAUGCUUGAAUACAACUCCCUUUAUGCUGUACUGACCGGAUACCAUGCUUGCAUCAUGCUUGAAUACAACUCCCUUUAUGCUGUACUGACCGGAAUAAAAGGGUUUAAGAAUUGUCUCUCUCCUGGUUGGCAGCAAGAGCGAGUUGUUAGGAGACAUUACAUUACAAGAGAAAAAUGUUAUUUUACCUUAGAUCUUAAUCAGUUUGUAGAAAUAUACCUGUACCUUAAUAUGCAAUUAUCUUAUAAUACUAAGUUAGUUAGCUUCUAUUGUCGAUGCAUGCAUAAGAUCUUGUUCAUCAUGUCUACAUAACAAUAAGCCCAUGGCCAUUUAGUGGUUCACUGAUCAAGCAAAGGAUAAUUAGGUAAUCCGGGCAAUACAUGUUGGCCUACUCUUCAGGCAUUUUAAGCUCUUGUACUUCACUCUACAAAUUCACCGUGCACAAUAUUGAGAAGCUUGCUCUCUUGUCAGCAAACACAGCAAACGGUCAUUUGGCUGAUUGAAAGGCAGAGUACAGAUGUAUUUAUAACGGCGGUGGCUUUCGAGGAGGUUUUUUUGUUAGUAAAAUGAGCUUUGGAGCAUUCUAUGUGUGAACCCUGUCUGCUCUCAGUGCUCUGCAUUGCCUGUCUGGCCAUACCAGUACAAACAAGCUCAGAGUGCAACCAAGUGUCACAUUUUGGUCAUGCUGUGUAUAGCAGAGAAUAUAUUCCAGGGAGGUCACGGCUUAUAUGUGGCAACCAUCAUUCACCGAUACAUUCCAGCUACAAACAGUAAGACCUGUUCCAGUUCAUAGGCAUGCCUCGUCAGUCCAACAUCGUUGAGAAGAGAGCUGGGUAGUGCCAAGUGCUUGUGAAUAGUGGACUAGUGAGUCCCAUUGUUGGAUGACUUGGUAGGGGAAUGAGUUUGACCUAUCAACCAUGGUGUUCACCUGUGUAUUGUUUUCACCGUGGUGAGAGUAUGCAUCACCAGACAUGGUGUGUAACUGAUGAAAACACUUGAGACUUGGAAUAUUGAUUUUGUUCAGGAUGUGCUACUGCAGGUGCAUGUGCCUUGGAGUCAGCAUCCCCUGACUUAAACUACUGCCAUGACUGCAACCAGGCUUUAAUGCACAAUUCUCCGAUACCGGAAUUGCAGGUGAAUGUGAUGCACUUGAUGAAUUGUGCUGUAUUGUAGAAUGACACGUCUGGAUAUUAAGUGAAUUGGACUCGACUGAGCUGGAAAGGUGCAAAGUGUGUGUGGGCCGAUCACCCAUAUCAUCUGUUUUAUGAGGUGCACUGUAGGCCUACAUUUUUUAGUCAUGGUCAGUAGGGACAUUGUCUGAAUGGUAAACCAAUUGUUGACGUUAAUAUAGAAAUGAUCAGGCUUGUUGCUCAUGGGACGCUGAAUUAACUUGUGAAGUCCUUCAGGUAAACUCCAAACUCACGAUGCCCGAACGCUUUACGACGAGGAUGGUAUUUGUUGAAGCAUCGAUUGCUUCGCCAGUAUGACUCUUAAGUUACCAAUGAUAAAACAACAGUGGUGUCUAGAAGCUAUUGACACCCAGUACAAGGAAUCGUUACACCGAGACAGGCAGAAGAAUAAAAAGAGUUCUUCCAACUCGCCCUACACGGGACAAGACUUGAAUGCCAGUGGCGGCUACAACUCCAGCCAACAACCAGCUGAAUCUAGCAGUAAACACCAGUCAACAGAGAGCUACCGGUCCCUUGAGAGGAGGCUAGAAAGGGAACGAGAGAAGAGAACUCAAGGUGAAACGCUGACAAAUAAAGUGGAUACCAAAGGUCUAACGUUUCGCAAACUGGGUCUUCAUGCCCCACCUGCCACCUCUACACACCCAUCACCUCGUUUUCUAAGUCCAAUCAGACAUAGUCCCAUAUCCUCAGUCUUGCCAGAGGAAUCUAGUCCUCCUGCCAUGGACACGCGUCGGAAUGGCUUCCGUCUGGCCAGCCACGUUAAGAGCCCUACGGCUAGUCGCAGUGUGGACCCCAGCACGGCUAGCAGUGGGUCCUACCGAACUAUGUCCAACCGAGACGCCCUGUCCAGCAUGGGAAGCCUGACUGUGGCUUCCACACCCUCCUCGGCUGCCCUCCGGGGCCACAGCAUUGGCUUUGGUAGCCGGGAUAUGAGCGUCAGAUCGCCCACGCAGCGUAGUAGAACAAAGGGUAGCAUGAUCAUGCCCAUGACAGUCAACGACAAAUUGAAGAAUAAUCGCUACCAGUUUGUGGACCCAGUUCCUAGUGCCUCUCCUUCCUUUCAGCAAAGACUUUCAGAAAUAGCUGCCUUGGAAAGUGACACUAUACGAUACGAAAGAACUAAGAGAAUAAAAAAGCGAUCCAAGCAAGAAAGCCAAUGAGACACGUGGACCUCUCUGAAAGACUGCCGUACUGAAAUCAUUUCUGCCUGCUUGAUUUAGCAAAGAAAGAAAUGCCCGAAGUUUAAUGUGUUACAAGCACCGCGUCAGCAUUUUCAGCGUUUUUCCAGCAAGAGUGCCUUCUGCCUUCUACAAGAGCAUUGUUGUAGCUUCGAGACCACAAAUAUGAUUCUUUCAUCAAGAAUGGAGGACUGCGUCUCUUUAGAAGACUAAAAUGGACUCCAAAUUCUUUGGCCACAGAUCUGGUGUAUAAAGAGAAUAAAAUUUAAAAAAUUGUGAGAACUUAUGUCGGCAAAGUUAUUCAAUGUUUGGAAUCUUUCCCUUUUUUUGCGUUCUGUGAUGCCCACCAUGUGCGUGUUGAAUCAAGAUUGUGUGUUCCUCAGUGUAACUGACAUGUUCACCAUGCACACAGAACCCACUUCAAGCAAGUGAAUUCUGAGAAAUGUGCCACCUGCACCACAUUUUUCCAAUCACAUUCUUGCAAAUUCAGUCACAUGUAGUUCAUAAUGUUGAAGAUUUCAUAAUUAAAUUGAAAUAUAACUCUGAAAUGA